AUGGAGAUAAAAGCUAUGAACUAUAAAUCAAAUAUGAAUAAUCUUAUUGAGAUUUUGUCUCUAUACUCUAAAAUGCCAAAAUAUAAAAAUGCUUAAUUUUCACUUCCUAACAUUUGCUCAGAUUUCUAGGAUUAAAUAUUCACUUAGUCUGAAUUAAAUCAUUACAUAUGGCAACACAAACUUAUCUAAUGUAAAGAUUAAAUGCACUAGGAGUUGGAAUUAAUCACAGAUAAUCGCUACGCAAUCGAAGAAAAGAAGGAGGGCAGCACUGAAGCAUCUACUCUCAGUCCGUAUCCAGAAAAAGACGAUUAAUAAAAGAGGAAAAGGAAAUACGUCAGAAUAAGUGAUAAAUUAAAGGAUCUUAAUUUUGAGAUAAAUUCAAAUUCUGACGAAAACUAAUACAUUGAUCAAAAUAUCUAAUCAGAUCCUGUUUAGGAUGACUAUAUUAAAUAGGGAAUAGACAACUAGAAAUUAGUCGGAAAAUAUGACCUUCAAGAGAGGGCAAAGAGAAUUCUUAAAUAUAAAACUAAAGCCAUUAAGCACAGAACACUCCAUCCAAUUAUGAAAAAAUUCAAUGGAAGAAGUAAAGUAGCAACUAAUAAAGUCAGAUAUAAUGGGCGUUUUGUUAAAGCCUCAAUUUUAAGUCAGGCAUCUUCUAAUCAAUGA